UGCAAAAAAAACGUGGACGAGACUUAUGGAUAAGACUUGUCCAUCUAAAUAGCAUAACGUUACCUAUGUUUAUGGUGUUUAAAGGUUAUGAAACGUUAGUCGAUAUAUAUUAAAUAGCUGUCAGUACUUUUCGUGGUUGGUUUUCUUCAGUUCCUGAUGCUUUUCGCUAAACUAAUCUUCUAGUUGGACAGCUCUUUUGCCUUUUUUUUUACUAGCUAGCUGACUAGCAUAUACUGAAUAGCCUACAACUCUUCACUAAAUGAUGGCAGAAGACAUUCCUCCCGAGGAUUAUCCCUCUGAGAUUGAAGAGUACCUGACUGGGUUCGACACAUCGUUGGGCUCUGUUGAUGGCGUCGUGCAGAAACUUAUGACUGCCUCCAGAAAUGAACAAAAGUUGGACCCACUGGAGCAAGCCAAACUGGAUUUGAUGUCAGCAUACGCGCUUAAUUCAUUAUUCUGGAUGUAUUUGGUGACGCAAGGAAUCAAUCCAAAAGAACAUGGAAUUAAACAAGAGCUGGAGAGAAUACGAGCACAUAUGAACAAAGUGAAAGAAAUCACAGACAGAAAGAAGGCAGCGCGUUUGGAUAAAGGUGCUGCUGGUCGAUUUGUGAGGAACGCUCUGUGGCAGGCCGAGGAGGGCAAGGAUGCAACUGAGCAGCCUCCCAAAGCAAAGCACAAGAGAUUCAAAUGAGGAGUGAGAAAUCCUUCUGGGUUAACACCGUGUGCCCUUUUCAGUAGACUGUAACGUGAAUGAGAGAAAGCUCUCCACUAAGGACUUAUUUGGUAACAUUUCCUCAAAAGGAUUUUUUCCCCAUUAUGUCGUUAGUUUUUAUAUUUUUCCCCGUUUUCUUUGUGAAGGAGAAAGUAAUUUCGAUUAGCAAAAUGAAAAUUUUAUUUCAACAGUAUGUUUACCAGUCAGCAGUUUGUUAAUACUUGUAGAUUUCCAUGAAUUAGGCCAUAUUUUCAUGGAAUAUAUGGAAUUCAUACAUUGUGUCACCAAACCCGCUGACCUGAUUGAAAGUGUCUGCAUAGGCUUCUUACGAUAGAAGCUGGCAAACUAAGUUAUUCUCUUCAGGAAGAUUGAUAACUUGGUAAUAAAUGGCUCAAUUAGCCAACUGAGGUCCUUGCAGUCUUCUGCCUACAUUAAUGAUCUAGUAGUGCAUGUUUAACAGCAAUGGUGGUAUUUGUCAGCUGAUGUGAAAAAUGACUAAAAACAAUUAAAUAUACUACCAGUAGUUACAUCCUUAAUCAUAUUAAUGUGCCUUUGAGUCUUACAAUGAGCUGUAUAUCAGAACGGUUUGUUCUCUUUAGGGGUGUAAUAAGAAUGUAGUUUCAUUGAUUAAUUAAUUAAUCAAUACAUUGAAAUGAAUUGAUCAACCAUUUAGGCUGAUAUGCAUUUUUGGUUUGUGGUUUAAAGAGAAAAUAUGCAGGUUUGGCAGUUUCUUUGCUGUUUUCUGGUUUUACACUUGCAGGUUUCUCUGCAGAGCCUCCCCUACAGCUUUAGAGUGUAUAUAUUUUACAACACUUUAAUCAGUCAGUCUGUCUUUUCAUGAGCAUGGGCGCGAGGCUGCGAGACUUUCUGUUGGUCAGUGCACCGGCCCGCUGGCCUGUAGUUGCAAGGAUGGUUUUUCCACUCACAGACGCUAUGUGGAAGCGAAACGGCCACAAUUCAACCCAAAAAAGAUAUAUAACCAUUCCAAUGGCUCUGCUGUUGAGGUAAAUUAAGCUAAAAAAAACCCUGCAUAGUUUCCCUUUUAAUAGGUUAGUUUUCACAAAAAUGAAAAGAAUGAAAUAUAUAGGAUCUUAAAUAACCUAACUGUCAUAUAAAGACAGUGUCUGUAAGAUGGCAAUUUUCACAAGUUAUACCCGGUGACUAUUUGUAAAUGGCUGUCCCCUUCAGAGCUUUUUAAACAU